AUGGUUCCAUGUAAAUAUUUCACUCUGAAUGCCGCUUCUCUCUCUGUGAUAGCUGUCGCAAUGAAGCUACCCAUGGAUCUAAAUAAUCCAAUGUCAGGCUUUGCAGACCGGGCUGCAAAGGUUGUAAGCAUGGGAUUUAUGAUCACCAUGAUGGCCAACUUAUUGCCUUCACUGGCAUCCAUGGAUGGCAAGGAACUUGUCACAAACAUCAUAGCUUUGGGUGUUUUGGUAAUCACCAUGGUUGUGAAUGUUUGCAUUCAGAUACACACUGGUGUUGUAGGCUUACAGUUCUUUCCUUUAAUGGCAAACAUUGAUGUGUUUAUGUUAUUGUUGAUGCUUAUGAUAUAUACGAGUUCAGCGUUAACAAUUCUGAAAUCUAAACAAAUACUGGAGUCAAAAUACCAAUAUAGUCAUGAAAAAGCUUUGAAUGAGCUAGCAGAGCAACAACCAGGACGACUAACGGUUAAGAAUCUAAAGCAACAUGUGACCAACCAUUGGAUCAUGGCAGAAACUGGAAGCCCCCAAUUCAUGGUAGUGUGCUCUGCUACAAACUCUGCUGCUGGGGUAAUUUGCACUAUAAGCACUGUUCUAUAUGUAUCUGUUGUUGUUAUAAUAUUGAUAUUCAACAGUCAACAGCUUAUAUGGGAUUGUGUGUCUGAUUAUAAGUGGUCGACUUCAGUAAUCCUCCUAAUGCAAUUUCUAGGGAUACUUACGGGUUCAAUUGCUCCCAUUUCUAGAUGUUUUGCAUCUUUAAACUCAAAGUUUUCCAGAAAAUGGAUUUGUAGUCAUAUCAAUGUCUUUAAAGUAGAGAGCUACUGUACACAAAAGCUAUACGAUUGGAAACAGAGCAGUAUACCACUUUCAUUUAAAAGCCGGAGAUACAAAACUGUGAUUCACAAUAUGAAAGUACUAAUUCUUAGUUUUUGUAUAGGACUUCAGAUGGCAAUUGUGGUAGCAUGCAAGAUGGCAUCAUUGAUCCUAAUACUUUUUGUAAUUUGUGUUUUGUUCUGUUGGAAGUGGUCGAUGGCCAUGUUUAGUGCCUUAGGUUUUCUUUUGGGAAAAGAGCGUCAGCAAUUACAACAAAACGAACAUCCGACGCGGUAUAUUUUGCAACUACAAGAUGAUGUGCAGCUUGCUGAUAGAACGAUGAAAGCCAUGUUAAAUUCUGUGAACCACUUGAUCCAAAAGGCUGAAAGUCAAAAACCUGUCGAUCUAAUGAAGCUUCUAAACGGAUCUAGCGGUUAUGAAGGAGUUGGAAUGUAUGACAUGCAUCAACUUCCACCUUUAACUGCAGAUAAAUAUUUAGAUUGUUGGAGCUUAACAGUGGUAAAUUUGACAACCAUUGCCAUUUCUCUUCCUAACAUCCAGAAAGACAUAGUUCAUAAGUUGCUGAGUGGUGUGAGUGAAGGUCUUAAAUAUGUCACACAUGUUGAAGAAGGCCUCAAUUCUACUGAUAAUUAUGUAAACCUUCAUAAGGCGUCUAAAAUGUUGUGGCUAGAAGUUGAAGUGUACUGCACAUGGUUAGGAAACAACCUGCAAAAGGUUGCUACUCAAGUACAUUAA